AUGUUCCAUCAGGUGCGAAUACGGGAACAGGACCGACCGUGUCAAAGAUUUUUUUGGAGAGAUGAAGACGGAGAAAUAGCUACGUUCGAGAUGUGUGUCAUGACAUUUGGCGCUUGCUGUUCACCGAGCAGCGCACUGUAUGUAAAAAACCGUAACGCGGAAAGGUUCAUCGGCAGCCAUCCUGGAGCGGUGGACAUCAUCAUCAAACGGCAUUACGUAGACGAUAUGUUGAUAAGCGUGGAGUCGGAAGCAGAAGCCAUUCAGUUAGCAGAAGAUGUUAAAUUCGUACAUUCAAAAGGCGGUUUUGAAAUCCGCAACUGGGUAAGCAACGCCCCUGUUGUGCUAUCGGCUUUGGGAGAAGGUGAUAUUAAAACGAAAAACCUAGACCUGUCUGCAGAAGCUUCAACGGAGAAAGUUCUAGGCAUGUGGUGGUGUACGGAAACCGAUAAGUUCACCUUUAAAGUAGGCUGGACGCGCUACGAUGAAGCACUGUUAUCUGGAGAGCGUAGACCGACAAAACGAGAGAUACUGCGUGUGCUAAUGUCUAUCUUCGAUCCUCUCGGAUUAAUCGCACACUUUCUCAUUUUCUUGAAGAUACUUCUACAAGAGGUGUGGCGUUCUGGUGUUCAAUGGGAUGACGAAAUCGGUGAUCUUCUGUUUGUGAAAUGGCAAACUUGGCUACGCGUGUUACCUGAGGUUGAAAAUGUUCAAAUACCACGAUGCUACUGUAGUCAGAUGAUCCAUGGAGAACAAAUAGAGCUACAUACGUUAGUCGACGCCAGCGAAAACGGCUUUGCAGCCGUAUCGUUCCUGCGCUUCUGUGACGGCGCGCAAGUGAGAUGCCUUCUUGUUGCAGCGAAAACACGCGUCGCACCGCUGAAGUUUUUGUCUAUCCCUCGACUUGAGCUGCAAGCUGCUAUUCUUGGUGCACGAUUGGCGCAGACUAUAAUCGACUCUUUGUCCAUUCGAAUCACGAGACGGCUAUUCUGGACCGACUCUCGGGAUGUGUUGUGUUGGAUCAAUUCAGACCACCGAAGAUUCACACAGUUUGUUGCACAUCGAGUCAGCGAGCUUCUAGACUCCACCGAACCAUGCGAAUGGCGCUGGGUUCCAACAAAGGAAAACGUAGCGGAUGACGCCACAAAGUGGCAGACAAGGCCAGAUCUAUGCUCUAACAGCAGGUGGUUCAAUGGCCCGAUAUUUCUUGAACGGACUGAAUCCGACUGGCCACAACAAAUAGCCUCAAGUAAAUCAACGACGGAAGAGCUCCGAUCCCAUCUGAUUGCACAUAUCUCGACGCCGUCUCCAUCGUUACGCUAUGAGGAUUACUCCAAUUGGAAAAGAUUAGUCGUUGUAGUUGGACUACUAUUUCGUUUCUUGGCAAACUGUCGCCGAAAAAGGCAAAAUCAACCAAUUCGGACAGGUCCUCUGCACAUGGAAGAGCUACAAAACGCAGAGCAAAAUAUUAUACGAGAAACUCAACAGCAAAAGUAUCCGCAGGAAAUUGCCGCUAUAGAACAGCACAAGCGUGUAGCAAGAAGCAGCCCAAUUUUCAAAUCAACGCCGUUUUUAGACGGCAACAAAGUUCUACGGAUGCGCGGCCGGACGUCGAACUGUGUCUUCAUCAGCGAAGAAGCGAAAAACCCGAUAAUUCUUCCUCGUGACCACCACGUUACCACAUUGAUCAUAUCCCACUAUCACACUAAAUACCACCACCUCAACCAAGAAACCGUAGUAAACGAAUUACGUCAGAAGUACUCCAUCCCACGAGUUCGCGUUUGCUGUGCCAACGUUAGGAGAAACUGCCAACGUUGCAAAAAUGAGCGAGCCACGCCCUCGCCUCCAAUAAUGGCGGAUCUACCUGGUGCAAGGUUAGCGGCAUUCUGUAGACCAUUCACUCAUGUGGGGAUUGAUUACUUUGGACCAAUGGAAGUAGCUGUCGGACGCAGAGUUGAGAAACGAUGGGGAAUGUUGGCCACUUGUAUGGCCACUAGAGCAGUACACAUUGAAGUAGCUCACUCGCUCAACACGCAAUCCUGUGUGAUGGUCAUACGCAAUCUAAUUGCUCGACGUGGUUUACCGCGGUACAUUUAUUGCGAUCGUGGUACCAAUUUCGUAGGGGCUAACGGAGAAUUAAAGCGUGCUAUGGAAGAACUAGAUGAUGAAGCUCUUAUGAACGAAUUCACCAGCACCGAGACUACCUGGUCGUUUAAUCCGCCUUUGGCUCCACACAUGGGUGGGAGCUGGGAGCGUUUAAUUCGUAGCGUGAAGAAUUCGUUGAGGUCGUUGAAACUACCGCAUCGACCAUCAGACGAAGUUUUGCGCAAUGCCUUGAUCGAAAUCGAGAAUACGCUGAACUCCAGGCCACUUACGCACAUUCCGAUAGAGGCCGCUUCAGCUCCAGCUUUAACCCCUAACCACAUUCUCCUUGGAAGCUCCAAUGGAGUGAAACCGCUAACUACGCUCGAGAAUUCUAAUUCCAUCGUACGUCAAUGCUGGCGUUCUUCACAAAUUAUCGCCAACCAGUUUUGGAAGCGUUGGCUAGUAGAAUAUUUGCCGGAGAUAACAAGAAGGACGAAGUGGUACUCCGACAGUAUGCGGCCAGUGAAAGUUGGGGACAUAGUCAUCAUUGUUGAUCAGAAGUUUCCUCGAAAUUGCUGGCCAAAGGGGAGGAUCAUAGCAGUUCGCCCCAGCCAAGACGGAGAGGUUCGAUCAGCAACAGUUCGUACAACUGCUGGAGUGUAUGAGCGGCCGGUGGUCAAGCUUGCUGUACUGGACGUCGAUCGCGAAGAGAAGUAG